GCCGCGGUGGGCGUAGGCAAAUAGGGGUAAACUGGCGGUUAAAAGAGCGACGCUGAUUAGCGGAUCUAAAACUGCCUGGAUGAAAGCCCACUUGUGAUUCGUUCUAGUAGACCGAAGCCCUGGUGGGCUGGAACCAGCCGGAGCUCGAGGUAUGACCGGCACGGUGCUGGGAGUGGGGGCCGGCGUGUUCACCUUGGCUCUGCUGUGGGUGCUGGUGCUGCUGCUGUGCGUGCUGCUCUCCAGAGCCCCCGGAGCGGCCAGGUUCUCCGUCCUGUUUGUCUUCCUCGGGGCGCUGAUCGUCACGGCUGUGCUGCUGCUCCUCCCCCGAGCCGGGGAGACCCCAGCCCCGGAGGUCGAAGUGAAGAUCGUGGAUGCCUUCUUCAUCGGUCGCUACGUCCUGCUGGCCUUCCUCACUGCUGUCUUCCUUGGAGGCCUCUUCUUGGUUCUAACUAAUCACAUCCUGGAGCCAAUCUACGCCAAACCGCUGAGGUCCUACUGAGAGCCGUUCACGGAAGCCCUCACUCGAUGUUGUCGCUGAGCAGCGUGGCACUGUCCGGGGCCUCGUCUUCACGGCCUUCGUGGCUGAAGAUCAAGGGGACACCCGUUCAUGGCUGAGACAGACUCCUGGUGUCCUGUCUUCCAGACACGUGGUCACAAAAUUGUCUCUUUGGAGGCAGAUUCUGGCCAGCUUAAGAGGGACACUGUGCUCUUCUCGGCACCUAUACCUCGUGGUCUCCACCUGUUUCGUGCGGGAGCUAGCAACAGUGAGUGGGCUGUUUAGAGGAGGUUUUCAGUCAAGAUGCCAGUAAGUGUGAAUUUGGGGAAGAGGCGCACCUGGCUUUUGCUGUCCAAUAAAUGAAAGAAUUUGGUCCUUUUGAUAAUUCAUAAAAUUCUUAGUUAUAAGGGUGGGGUCAUUUGGAAAGGAAAGGUCGUUUUAAUGUGAUGAGGUGGAAGACUUACUCAGGUGCUGGUUGCUGACCACUCACUGUGUGUAUCAGGGUGCAGGCCUUUCUGAGGGUGCCCCCCCAGCUCUAACAACACAGGACACACACCCCCAGCUCUAACAACACAGGACACGCCGCCAGAGGCCCGGCUCACACAUCAGACUCAUGGCCACAGCUUUCUGAGUCUAAUAUUCAUGUAUUUCAGGGUUCGUGAAAGAGUGAGGAAGAGCUGAUUGUUUGUCUUGCUGCUAUAUAUCUCUGGAGUCUUUUCCUUCCAGGAUUUGGUGGCCUCGCUGUGUCUUAUUUAAUUACCAUAGGAGUCCAUUUGGGGUUAUGGUCAUCUCUUUCAUCUCGAAAGUAGCCCUUUCUCCAAAGCUGAUGAGGAAUGUGUGUUCCCAGUGUUACAGGGACUAGAUAUAACUUUGUGCCAGUCGGAGAUCCUAGGCCAGGUGACAUGUGUCGCCACGCAGAGGGGCCAGCUCCCCUUGGCAGCCUCAUCCUGCCUCUCCGGAGCUGUCUGAAGAAGGAUCUCCUGGCUUCAGAUUAAGAGCCAGAAAACAAGCUGGAAAGAGAGCUCUGACUGAGUAAGUACAUGCUGUUCUGUCAGCAGCCCACUAGUCCCCUUGAAACUGAAUGUACUCAGUGUUUACAACAAUCUCUUACCAUUCCCGUUUUAAAGGAGAAAAAAUACCGUUUUAAAGAGACUUGCUGACCUGCCCGAGCUUCCCAGCACAGCCAGCGGGCACACCAGCUGGGCAGCCGGCAGGGCCUGUCUUCUCCUGCAGGGAAGGCAUCCACCAAAGGAGAGUGCGAGGGAACUGGGGCCCCUUCUCCUCUGCCGUCUCUCCCGGGCCCUGUUGUCAUUGCAGACACAGCGGGGUUAAGCUCUGAGCUGAAAGUGGAGCAAACUGGUGACUGGGGAGUCCUGGGCCGGGGAGGGCCGGCUGCGAUGAUCCCCGCCUACCCUUGAACCCCGUCUCACUCAGUCUGGAAAAACUUCGCAGGAAAGGCUCUGUCACAGAAGGCUUCAAAGGAAAUGGUUUUCCAAUCUUGCCUGGAGCCCUUAGCUAAGAAGAGAAAGAGCUCCCCCCCACUGCAGCAGAUCUGAGGAAGAAAGGAGGAUGCUGAAAUGCGGAGGGCGGUGGGGCGAGGAGUGAGGCAUGCUGUCGCUUCUCGCCUGGGCUCCGGGCACUGAGGCCCCCAGGUCCUGGCUGUCCUUGCCACUGUGGAGCCGGCCCAGUGACUCCUAACAAAGCACAGGCUGCCACUCGUCACCUUCUCCUGACAGACUUGCUGAAGAAGCAAAUCUGGGAAAACUCUUACAGGUUUCUGACCAUGAGUUCAUCUUUUUUAUUCCCCAACAAAGAUGUCCAAGGGUUAGAUUAAUGGACAAUGGCAACCAAGUUGGGGGCGGGGGGCGGCUGCUUCGGUGGAGAAAACUGUGUUAAGGUUGAAAACGAAACUCCUUCCCCAACACCACUGCCGUCCGACUUCUGUUGAUGUUUCCACAGAUGUAAGCGGCAGGCUCGUGUGUGAGGGCAAAAAUCAUACUUGGAACCAAGGGUAUUUUUAGCUCAGCCGCCUUCUAUACAGAGCCUGUCUGUGACUACCAGCCGCGGUGGAAAGGGGGAUAGGUUACCUUCUGCCUUCACACUCAAAGCCACCACAUUCAACCGCCCCAAACCCCGCGGGGCUGGGGGAGGAAGCAAAAGGCUGCUGGGGCACAAAAUGGCUUUCCCCGAGAGUUCUGCAGGGGCACCCCCUAGCCAACGUCCAAUAGGGCUCCUCUUGUGCACAUGGCCUUCCCGGAGGCCGGCCCUUCAGUAGAAACAAAUCAUCUUAGUGCCCCCAUUCACCAUUGUUUGAUCAGGCGGUGCUAUGCUGUUCCCUACCCAGACGGAUCCUAUGGCAAAGAGACUGUGGUAACGCCUACUCUUUAGGGGUGGAGAGGGAGAAUAAAGCAAGGCCUCCGUGUAAGUAAACGGGCUGUAUUUCAGAGCCUUCUAAAACUGCAUGCUGGCAAAAGCUAAAUCAGCAGGACAUCCCUCUCCCCCGCGCGGCGCCCACAUUUGUCCUAUCCACUAGGCGGCGCUGUGCUGCGUUUUACAAGCCUCAAUCCAGGGAAAGCACACUGGGUAAUUUUUUGACAAGCUCCUUAAAUUUCUCAUAAAAAAAAAAAAAAAGAAAGUGAAGCUAACUUUAUUGAUGCACGAUAUCGGACAGUUAAUAAACAAUUCAUCACAGUUUUUGGACCAGUGUUCUGUUACUCUUCGCCUCUGUGGCAGACAUUUCCAUUGCCUGCCACGCACUCCCUGCAGCUUCCGCUGAUUUUAACUCCCUGGAUAAAGGAACCUUCCCUGGUUGUUCGACAGAUGAGACACAGGCAGUGAGAUACCGGGGUUUUGAAUUUGUUAAGGUUUCACAGCUAGUUAGUAGAGGGGCUCAAACUUGACACCAGUAUUCUUGAUACCUCAUUUCUCAAGACAGUUUAAACAUCAUUUUGGGAUUUCAGACAAUGCCUUAUUUUUACAUUGGUUAAUAGUAUUUCUUAGCUAUUUGUACCCACCACUUUCCUAACCCAUAUCCAAAAAAAAUGGUGAAAGUUUUGUUACAGAAUUCCUAAACAUUUAAUAACUUCUUGGCUUAAACCUUCAAGUAUUUGGAGGAGCAAGUUUCCAGAUGUGGGAACCAGAGCCACAGGGGAAUGAAUUAUUAUAUCUCGAAAAUGCUGAUUAUCCUCGGAGGGACAUAAAACUCAGCAUUGGAGGAGGUUUCAUAGUUCAUGGAGUUCAAUCUUUGGUCUGUAUUUCCAUCUCAAUAUUUGGGAAUAUUCCAUUUUUCACAUCCUGAAAUCACAGUUUUUAUUAUAUUGAACAAACACGUGCUGCAGAUUUUUCUAAGCGCUUUUUAAGUAGUUGUGACCCUCACAGCAGCCCUCUGAAGCGGUUGCUCUUAAUGUCCCCACUUCACAGGCGGGGGCAGGAGCAGAGUGGUGGGUGAUUUGCUUGAGGUCACUCAGCAAAGGGGUAGACUGGAGUCAGAAUCUGGAGUCAGGCAGUGUGGCCCCAGUGAAGCUCUUAAUGACUAUACGCAGUGUCGCCCCAUCAGAUGAAAACCCAGAAGAAAAAGGAG